UCUUCUUCCUCCUCCUCCUUCUCCUCCCGGGCCCCCGGGAGGAGGCUGGUCAGGAUCCCUGAGCAGCCGCCGCUCCUCCUCCUGGCAGGCUGGCAGAUGAGUCAGCUGACGCCGGCGCUCCAGCCUCGCCUCGCGGCGCUGCGCGCUCUCUGCGCUCCCCCAAAGUGGCUGCAAGCCGGCCGCCCACUUUCAGGCUUUGGGGGACGCAGAAAGUGAUGUGCGCCUUCUGAAGCCCCACCGGGGCCGCCGCGGUCGCCGCUUCACCUCGUCCACUUUCUCCUCCCCCACCCCAAAGCCUUCUCUCGCCCCUGCCCUCCGCCCUCCCCUGCAGCCGCUUAGGGUGCGUGCGCUUGGGUGAGGGGGGUCACCGGCUGUCCGGGAUGGCUUCCAAUUUUAAUGACAUAGUGAAGCAAGGGUACGUGAGGAUCCGGAGCAGACGCCUAGGGAUUUAUCAGCGAUGUUGGUUAGUAUUCAAGAAGGCUUCCAGCAAAGGUCCGAAAAGACUGGAGAAAUUUUCUGACGAGCGUGCUGCAUAUUUUAGGUGUUAUCAUAAGGUUACAGAGCUCAACAAUGUGAAGAAUGUAGCCCGGUUGCCAAAGAGCACCAAGAAACACGCCGUAGGGAUUUAUUUCAAUGACGAUACCUCCAAGACCUUUGCUUGUGACUCAGAUCUUGAGGCUGAUGAGUGGUGCAAAGUGCUCCAGAUGGAAUGUGUAGGAACACGAAUCAAUGACAUCAGCCUCGGAGAACCCGACUUAUUGGCUACUGGGGUGGAGAGAGAACAGAGUGAGAGAUUCAAUGUGUAUUUGAUGCCAUCCCCUAACUUAGAUGUACAUGGCGAAUGUGCCUUGCAGAUUACAUAUGAGCACAUCUGUCUUUGGGACGUCCAGAAUCCCAGAGUCAAACUCAUCUCUUGGCCGCUAAGCGCCCUGCGGCGGUAUGGACGAGAUGCUGCUUGGUUCACUUUUGAGGCAGGGAGGAUGUGUGAGACUGGUGAGGGGCUGUUUAUCUUUCAAACGCGAGACGGGGAGGCCAUCUACCAGAAGGUCCACUCUGCUGCCUUGGCCAUAGCUGAGCAGCACGAGCGCUUGCUGCAGAGCGUGAAAAAUUCAAUGCUGCAGAUGAAGAUGAGCGAGCGGGCCGCCUCGCUGAGCACCAUGGUGCCACUGCCCCGCAGCGCCUACUGGCAGCACAUCACGCGGCAGCACAGCACCGGGCAGCUCUACCGCCUGCAGGAUGUCACCAGCCCUCUGAAGCUUCAUCGAACAGAGACUUUUCCCACCUACCCAUCUGAGCACUGACUGAACUGGCCAGAGUUGUGACACGCUUGAGAUGUGUCGGCCACAGAUCCACCCGGGAGGUCGAAGGACGACCCCGAGGGAAGCGAUGCAGAUGCUCCCCGUCCUGGCCAAGUGUGUGGUCCUUGGGAAAUUGCAAUACUCUCUUUGUCUUCUUCUUUCCUCCCCGCCCCCCUUUUCAUAAACAAAAAACCCUUAGCUUAAUUGAAACCUGCUCUAUAGAUAACGACACUUGGUUCCCUCUUCUUCGACAGCUGGACAGAAAGGAGGUGAUGCCGCAAAAUGUUUUUCUAUUGUCGGUAUCCCUGUCCUUUGCGCUUCUCUGACUCUGUCCUUUUGCGGAUUCUUGUGAUUUUUCUGAGUGUUUCCAUUGUAUGACCGUCCUGACAAUAAAAUGGCUCUUCAUUAUUGGUUA